CUUUCCAACGUCCGUCGGUUAUCCUCUUCCACCUUGAUCCAUCAAGCCAAGCCAGCACAACUCCUUCAAGCUAUUGAAUCGGCUCUCUCUACCCAGCUUGUAACUUCAGGUCCUUUUUCUCCCACUGCAUACUUUGCUUCUCUACAACAAUGUCUCGAAAGAGCAUAAGGAGAUGAAGAGAUCGAUGAUGAAGAACUUGCCGAAACUGAGAAUAUGGGUCAAGGAGCUUUGAUCCCUUCCACUCUUUACCUUUUAGCUAUCGUCCUUCCUGAAACACCUAAUCAAGUCAUCUACGCUCAUACCUCUCAACUCCUCGAUUGUCUCUUGCCACUCUUCGAAACAGCCAUGGAACAUCCCCCUGCACUUCGAUCUUUAGUGCAAAUGGUGACUACCGUCUUACUGGCUAUUCCAACGAAUGUACUCGAUAAUUCUGAAGGCAGGAAAGAGGUGGAGGUAAUACCUCACUUGAGAAAAGCUUGGAAUUACUUGUUGAUUUUGAAUCUCGAUGGUAGACCAAAAGUAAGGCAUGUGGCCCAAGAAGGAAUUCGGAAAGUCUUGACUUCAACAUCAGGCAAGGCUCAUCCAUUCUUAUCAAGAACGAGAGAUUGGGUGAUGAAGACUCUAAAAGUGGAGAUGGAGAUGAUGGGCAAGAGAGAUAAGAAAAAGGGGACGGACAAGGAAGAAGAGGAAGGAAAACGGAUUAUUUGGUUGAUACAAGGCUUGAGAGGUUGGGUGGUGGUAUGGGGAGAUGAGCACCUCUCGUCCCUCUGUGAAGUCCUACUGUCUCUGCCACCUCUCCCUCAUCUCACGCAACAAAUAUAUUCUCUCCUUUCCCUCCUCUUGUCUGCCCCACCCACAAACAUCUCUGUCAAACCUCAUGUCCUCACCAAUCUCCCUACAGUUCUCGAUUCCCUACUCGCUUCUCCUCCGUCCCUCACCUCAAACUACUCCGACAUCCCAGCCUACCUCUCAGCGAUAUCUUCCACACUCAUCAAGCUUUCCUAUCAAGAUCCGCAAACAUUACAAACAAAACUGUCCAAGACCUUCACAUUGCUAUUCUCCACCAUCCUCCUUGCUCCUUCACCUGCCAACGCUCAAGCGGUGCUCGAAGCAGCUUCCGACGUUCUAGGAGCGCAAGGGAUCGCUCGGUAUUGUGUAUCAGACGAUAUGAUACUCCAGGCUGUUUCCUAUCACCAGAAUGGCGUGUCGACCGAUGGUAGACAAAAACAGAGACCUCCUUUCCUCUCAAAAUUCAUCUCUUCCAUCUCUGAAGCCUUUGAUACGCACGCAUUGAGAAUACCUUACUUGUUGCCAAUCCUCACUGCUUUAGUUGCUCGAUUGAGGAUCCGUGUUCUCAGCUCGGAGGAGGAUGGGUUGGUGAAAGUUGAUGAAUCUGGUAGAGGAAACACUGCGGCGGAGAUACUAAUGAUGGACAUUAUCGCUGGAAUAGCAGACCUCAGAACUCAAAGAGGAUUUAUGCAUAAAGACCAAGUGGACGAAUUGGUUGGGAUGGCUAUAGAGGUGAUAGGAGUUGAAGGGGUACUUCGACAAUUACCUUUGAACAUUGAACCAGAUGAAAACGGUAAUACACCUCAACCUGGUCGAGCUCAUCUUCUCCCCGGUAUCCGUCUACGCACAACAAACGAUUCCCUCCUAUUCUUCGUCACUCACUUCCGUCCUCUAUCCGAAAGAGCUUUCGGACGUAAAAUCACCGCUCAAGAAUCGGGUAAACCAGCAGAAGCAAAGAUCUGGGAAGUGAUAGUAGGUCAAAUAUGGGAUUGUUUCCCUGGUUUUUGUGAUAUGCCAAGGGAUCUUCAAAAAGGAUUAACAUCACCUUUCCUUGGUUUACUCACUAAUCUUCUAUAUAAUCAACCUACCCUUUUACCUUCUUUAUUGAAAGGACUCUCGUUACUCGUUACUUCCACUCAGAGGUUGGUAUCUUCAGGAACUGAAAAGGAAGAAUUGAUGAAACGAUUCGGUUUGGAUCAAGAUGAUGCUAAGAGUAAUUUGGAAUUUUUGAAAGGGUUGGCAAAGGAUAUGGUGGCGGUUUUGUUGAAUGUCUUCAGCAAGAUGCCUAGGGAUACUAGAGGGAUGGUAGGGGAUGUGGUUGGUGUUUGGACGGGGAUCAUGUCGGAGAAGGAUAUGAUAGAAACAUACAAUACUGUCACUUCACAUCUUUCCUCCGCCCUUUCAUCCACUUCCACACCUGUUGCUACUGGUGCCUCCCCGAUCUCACACACAAUGUUAGACCUCCUCAUCAUCUUCGUCCCUACCCUUCCAGCCGUUCAAGCAACAGCAUUGUUCAAAGCUACUGCCACCCCGACGGUGUUGGAAAAUCCAGAUGCCACCGUACAGAAAAAAGGGUAUAGGUUGUUGAAACGUUUGAUAGAGGCUGGACAUGGUAAGGAAGAUUUGGAGGGAUUGGUGAAGAAGUUGAACGAUGUCGUAGGUAAUGUCGGUCCUGGGGCUCAACGAGACCGUCUUCAAUUACUGUCCGCACUUGUCGAAGCCCUCCCGAAAGAUAGUCUACAUCUUAUCCCUGAACUCUUAUCAGAAGCUGUUCUAGGGACUAAAGAGUUGAACGAAAAAGCCCGUGAUGCGGGUUUCGAUCUGGUUGUUUUGAUGGGUCAUAAGAUGGCUGAGGGAGGUUCGGUCAAACGGGCUGUGCCUACUGAAGAUGAGGAGAUGGAUGAGGAAGAAACUGUGGAAGCGAACAUUGAAGAAUAUAUCACUAUGGUGGGUGCUGGUCUGACUGGAACGACACCACAUAUGAUCAGCGCUAGUAUCAAUGCGCUUUCGAGAUUGAUUUUCGAGUUCAAAGAUGAUAUAUCCCCCUCCCUCUUAUCUGAACUCAUCUCCACUCUCCUCCUUUUCCUCAAUUCCAAAUCAAGAGAAAUCGUGAAAUCAGCAUUAGGGUUCACCAAAGUCAUCAUCGUUGCACUCCCACCUUCCAUCCUCGAACCUCAUCUUUCUACUUUAGUACCUGGUUUACUGGGAUGGGUACAUGAUCAUAAAAAUCAUAUGAAAACGAAGACUGUACAUAUUUUCGAAAGAAUGAUCAGGAGGUUUGGGUUUGAUGAGGUAUACAGACAUGCUGGAGAGGGAGAUGAAAAGAAAGUUUUAACAGCUAUUAAGAAGAAGAAAGAUAGAGCUAAGAGACGGAAAUUCGCAGGGGAAGAAACCGAAAUUGAUACACAGGACCAAACACAACCCCGUACAUCCACCGGAAACGCGUUUGAUGAUAUCUUGUAUAAUUCUGAUUCUGACGCUUCUUCCGUUUCUGAGCCGAUACAAUCUCAAACUCGUAAAGUCAAUAAGAAGGUUCAGGGGACUUUCAUAAGGGAUGAAGGUGAUGAACCUAUGGAUUUGUUAUCUCGGUCAGUAGCGGGUGGUAUUUCUACCACAAACCCAAAAUCAACCUCAAAACGACAACCAGGACAAGAAGCUUCUCAUUUCCAAACUGAUAAAUCCGGUCGGCUCAUUGUCAAAGAGUCCGACUCCGACUCCGGUCCAGACUCCACCGUCCUCAAGGCAAAUGACGGAGGAGCGUUCUUAGCUUCCCAAACAUCUGCCCAUGGGGCGAUCAGGAAUUCCAGGGGUGAUUUGAAGUUCGCUAGACAUACAAAGAGACAAAGGGAACAAGAGAGAAGAGAAGAUGCUAUGGAUGUGGAUGAGGGGGUGGGCAGAAAGAGAGAAAAGAAACAAGUUGGGAGGUUAGGUGAAGAGUUUAGAGCUAAACGAGCGGGAGGUGAUAUCAAAAAACAAAACGGUCCAUCACCAUACGCAUACGUAUCUAUCGAUCAUGCUGCCCGUGGGAAAAAAGGAAAGAAAGAUCGAAUGAGUUUGACAAAUAAAAAAAGAGGUUCGAAAGUAUGAUCGACCCUUCAUAGGUGAAAAAUUUCCUCCGUCAUGGAAAAACCGAUUAUUUUGUAGAGUACUCUACUUUACUCUAUAAGUAGAAUCUUUGCUAUUUAUCUCGGAACCUAUUUCAAUGUACUAAGUGAAGAUACACCCACAACUUUGAAUUCUUCUAAAUGUACAUGCAUUUGCAUUGGUGACGG